GAAGAAGAUAUUUGACGUUGCUGUAGUUUUGUGCUUACUUCUCAUGGGAUCUGCAGUGGCGCAAUUCUCCCCUUGUUUUUGCUUUUUAUCUUUGAAAAGAUAACUGGGCUGUGUUCAGCAGAAAUGGAUACAGGAAGAGCAGCACAGUCCAAAGACUAAGGGAGGCAUCCUCUCUUCUUUUCCUGGGAUUUGAACGCGAUUCAGGAAGGGCAGAUGCCCCACCUGAAAAGGCCAGCCUUUAAAGACCCCCGCAGUGUCGUGGUCCAAGGCGUCUCAAAGCAGGUGUCCAGAUCUGCGUUUCUCAUCAGCGGACUCGCUCCGGCUGUAGCAAUUACGGAACCGAUGCGCGUGCACGUGCUGGGCCAUUAUGCUGCUGCACCUGUGCAGUGUGAAGAAUCUGUACCAGAACAGGUUUUUAGGCCUGGCCGCCAUGGCUUCUCCAUCUAGAAACUCCCAGAACCGACGCAGGUGCAAGGAGCCGCUCCGCCACAGCUACAACCCCAGCCAGUUCCACAGCAUGGCCAUCAGGGCAGGCCCCCACGGCACUGUCACCAUCCCUCGCUCCACCAGUGACACUGACCUGGUCACCUCAGACAGCCGCUCCACGCUCAUGGUCAGCAGCUCCUACUACUCCAUAGGGCAUUCGCAGGACCUGGUGAUCCACUGGGACAUAAAGGAGGAAGUGGACGCUGGAGACUGGAUCGGCAUGUAUCUCAUCGAUGAGGUCUUGUCAGAAAACUUUCUGGACUAUAAGAACCGUGGAGUCAAUGGUUCUCAUCGGGGUCAGAUCAUCUGGAAGAUUGAUGCCAGCUCUUACUUUGUGGAACCUGAAACUAAGAUCUGCUUCAAAUACUACCAUGGAGUGAGUGGAGCCCUGCGAGCCACCACCCCCAGCGUCACCGUCAAAAACUCGGCAGCUCCCAUUUUUAAAAGCAUUGGCUCAGAUGAGAUUUCCCAAGGGCAAGGAAGUCGGAGGCUGAUCAGCUUUUCUCUCUCAGAUUUCCAGGCCAUGGGGUUAAAGAAAGGGAUGUUCUUCAACCCAGAUCCUUACCUGAAGAUUUCCAUUCAGCCUGGGAAACACAGCAUCUUCCCUGCCCUCCCCCACCAUGGGCAGGAGAGGAGAUCCAAGAUCGUGGGCAACACCGUGAACCCCAUCUGGCAGGCCGAGCACUUCAGCUUUGUGUCCUUGCCCACUGAUGUGCUGGAAAUCGAGGUGAAGGACAAGUUUGCCAAGAGCCGACCCAUCAUCAAGCGCUUCUUGGGAAAGCUGUCAAUGCCAGUUCAGAGACUCCUGGAAAGACACGCCAUAGGGGAUAGGGUGGUCAGCUACACACUUGGCCGCAGGCUUCCAACAGAUCAUGUGAGUGGACAGCUGCAAUUCCGAUUUGAGAUCACUUCCUCCAUCCACCCAGAUGACGAAGAGAUUUCCCUGAGUACCGAACCUGAGCCAGUGGAAAUUCAGGGCAACCUGGUGGCGGGCAGCGGUGCGGAGCCCAUUCACGGUGCGCCCGAGCCCUCCGGGAGCCCGAAGCCCGUGCAGCCCAGCGAGGGCAGCUCCGGUGACGCUGCAGGGGACGAGGGCUUGGCGCUUGCCACGCAGGCGGAGGACGCGGCAGGUACCACCGAGGCAGGAGACGACGGCGCGGUCUCUGCAGGACCUGACGGGGCUGGGGCGCCCCUGGGUGGGGGGCGAGAGGACGCCGAGCCCGCUCUCAGUGCAGAAGAGCUGGCCGAGCGGCUGGACCUGGGAGGGGAGGAGCCCCCAGCCGAGCUGCUGGAGGACGCGGAAGCUCCACGCAGCCCCGGGGAGCUGGGGACAGGGGACGCGGCGACGGAGAGCCGGGCUGGGGGCGAGGAGAACAAGGAGCAUGCGGAGGAAGAGGAGGGCGACGUGUCCGCCCUGGGGCAGGGCGGGGACAGGCUGCAGCUUCGGGCCUCUGCAAAGAGGAAGAGCAGACCGUGCUCCUUGCCGGUGUCCGAGCUGGAGACGGUGAUCGCGUCUGCCUGCGGCGAUCCCGAGACCCCGCGCACGCACUACCUGCGCAUCCACACCCUGCUGCACAGCAUGCCCUCCGCCCAUGGCGGCGCCAACGACGACAGCGCCGAGGACGAGCCCACCCUCAAGGAAGCCUCGGAGAAGGACGGGCUCAGCGAGGUGGACACUGUAGCUGCUGAGCAGCCUUCCCGGGAAGAGGAUGGACAGGAGCCUGAGGGCGCCACGCCAGGCACGGCGCCCCCCGGCCACUCGGGCGUGGCCAACGGCACUGUCCCCGACAGCGACACGCUCCUCAGCACCGGGAGCGAGAGCGACUCCAGUCCCCGGCAGGGCGGGGACCACAGCUGCGAGGGCUGUGACACGUCCUGCUGCAGCCCCUCCUGCCACAGCUCCUCGUGCUACAGCGCCUCCUGCUACAGCUCCUCGUGCUACAGCGCCUCCUGCUACAGCCCCUCCUGCUACAAUGGCAGCAGGUUCUCCAGCCACACCCGCUUCUCCUCCGUGGACAGCGCCAAGAUCUCCGAGAGCACCGUCUUCUCCUCGCAGGACGACGAGGAGGAGGAGAACAGCGCGUUCGAGUCGGUGCCUGACUCGGUGCAGAGCCCUGAGCUGGACCCGGAGUUGACAAACGGCACAGGUCCAUGGCAAGACGAGCUGCUCGGCCCCACCGGGAGCGUGGCGAUGACCGUGGAUGGUCUGGAGUCCCCCGUGGCAGGGCCAAGCAAUCGGAGAGAAGGUGAAUGUCCUAUACUCCAUAAUUCCCAGCCAGUAAGCCGGCUUCCUUCCUUGAGGCCUGAACAUCAUCACUACCCAACAAUCGAUGAGCCUCUUCCACCAAACUGGGAAGCUCGCAUUGACAGCCAUGGGCGAGUCUUUUACGUGGACCACGUGAACCGAACAACCACCUGGCAGCGUCCAACAGUGGCAGCCACCCCUGACGGGAUGCGGAGAUCAGGGUCCAUCCAGCAGAUGGAGCAACUCAACAGGCGGUAUCAGAAUAUUCAGAGAACCAUUGCAACAGAGAGGACUGAAGAAGAUGCUGGCAGCCAAAGUUGUGAGCAAAUCCCCGCAGGAGGCAGCAGUGGAGGUGGUGGGAGUGACUCAGAGGCUGAAUCGUCUCAGUCAAGCUUAGGUAUGGAAGGAGGGGUCCCCAGACUUCUGGGCAAGAUCUCUGCCGCUGAGGCGCCCCUCUCAGGACUCACAAUAAAUCGCUGUGUAACAGUCACGCUCCAGCAUGUCAAGAGUGCCUACCGAGUCUUCACCAGUAGCACCUGCUUAAAGCACAUGAUUCUCAAAGUCCGGAGGGACGCACGCAAUUUUGAGCGCUACCAGCACAACCGGGACUUGGUGAACUUCAUCAACAUGUUCGCAGACACACGGCUCGAACUGCCCCGGGGCUGGGAGAUCAAAACAGACCAGCAGGGAAAGUCUUUCUUCGUGGACCACAACAGUCGAGCUACCACUUUCAUUGACCCCCGAAUCCCCCUUCAGAACGGUCGCCUUCCCAAUCAUCUGACACACCGACAGCAUCUCCAGAGGCUCCGAAGUUACAGCGCUGGCGAGGCCUCAGAAGUCUCUAGAAACAGAGGAGCCUCUUUACUGGCCAGGCCAGGACACAGCCUAGUAGCUGCUAUUCGGAGCCAACAUCAACAUGAGUCAUUGCCACUGGCAUAUAAUGACAAGAUUGUGGCCUUUCUUCGCCAGCCAAACAUUUUUGAAAUGUUGCAAGAGCGUCAGCCCAGCUUGGCAAGAAACCACGCACUCAGGGAGAAAAUCCAUUACAUUCGGACUGAGGGUAAUCACGGGCUUGAGAAGUUGUCCUGUGAUGCAGAUCUCGUCAUUUUGCUGAGUCUCUUUGAAGAAGAGAUUAUGUCCUACGUCCCCCUGCAGGCUGCCUUCCACCCUGGGUACAGCUUCUCCCCCCGCUGCUCACCCUGUUCCUCACCUCAGAACUCCCCAGGCCUACAGAGAGCCAGUGCCAGGGCCCCUUCACCCUACCGGAGAGACUUUGAAGCCAAGCUCCGCAAUUUCUACCGAAAACUGGAAGCCAAAGGAUUUGGUCAGGGCCCAGGGAAAAUUAAGCUCAUCAUUCGCCGGGACCACUUGCUGGAGGGAACCUUCAAUCAGGUGAUGGCCUAUUCCCGGAAGGAGCUCCAGCGAAACAAGCUCUACAUCACCUUUGUUGGAGAGGAGGGCCUGGACUACAGUGGUCCUUCGAGAGAGUUCUUCUUCCUUUUGUCUCAGGAGCUCUUCAACCCUUACUAUGGACUCUUUGAGUACUCCGCAAACGACACCUACACAGUGCAGAUCAGCCCCAUGUCUGCCUUUGUGGAAAACCAUCUUGAAUGGUUCAGGUUUAGUGGUCGUAUCCUAGGCCUGGCUCUGAUUCAUCAGUACCUUCUCGAUGCUUUCUUCACGAGGCCCUUCUAUAAGGCACUCCUGAGACUGCCCUGUGAUCUGAGUGACCUGGAAUACCUGGAUGAGGAGUUUCACCAGAGCUUGCAAUGGAUGAAGGACAACAUCAUCACGGAUAUCUUGGACCUCACUUUCACCGUUAACGAAGAGGUUUUCGGACAGGUAACAGAAAGGGAGUUAAAAUCCGGGGGAGCCAACACCCAGGUGACUGAAAAGAACAAGAAGGAGUACAUCGAGAGGAUGGUGAAGUGGCGGGUGGAACGCGGCGUGGUGCAGCAGACGGAGGCGCUGGUGCGGGGCUUCUACGAGGUCGUGGACUCGAGGCUUGUGUCUGUGUUUGACGCCCGGGAGCUGGAGCUGGUGAUAGCUGGCACGGCGGAAAUUGAUCUGAAUGACUGGAGAAACAACACUGAGUACCGGGGAGGUUACCAUGAUGGGCACCUUGUGAUCCGCUGGUUCUGGGCGGCGGUGGAACGCUUCAAUAAUGAGCAGAGACUAAGGUUACUGCAGUUUGUCACAGGAACAUCCAGUGUGCCCUAUGAAGGCUUCGCAGCCCUUCGAGGGAGCAAUGGGCUUCGGCGUUUCUGCAUAGAGAAAUGGGGGAAAAUCACAUCUCUCCCCAGGGCACACACAUGCUUUAAUCGAUUGGAUCUUCCACCUUAUCCCUCAUACUCCAUGCUGUAUGAAAAGCUGUUAACAGCAGUUGAAGAAACCAGCACCUUUGGACUUGAAUGAAGAAAUGGAACUCACCUGGCAUUUUCCUGAUCAGUCACAUCAACCUUUCUGGGAUGAUCCCCCUUCCCUUUCCCUGACUCUUUGAUUUUGGUAUUCCAUGAUUUUUAUUUUCAAACCAAAUCAGGAUUGACAAAAGCUGUGCAUGAAGAACUGCCUUCUUCUAAGAUCUAACCUUCAGGCUUAUCUCCUCUACUUUCAAUGAACUGCUAGCCUGUAUGCAAUAUUGAAAAACAGCUGUCUCAAGGUCUGUGUAUAUCUCCACAUACCUCCAUUACUAACAAUGAAAUAUGAAUGCAAGUUAUGCUACACUUGACCAAAUGGUAAUAAAUGUUUACUUCCAUUUAUAUAAUUUAAGAGAAAAUUUGAGCAUUAAGCAUUCCAAGCUUUUAUAUGCCCAUGUCUUCUGAGCAGAGCCACCAUUUUUUAUAAUUGCUAACAACCCACUUCAGAACUAGGAACCAGUCAACUCUUUUCUUCCCACUCUACUUUUCCCCAUGCAUACUAUCCAUCCAAAAAUAGCAGUGGCAAAGCCAAAAUUUUUAUACAUUCAACUCAUGAUUCAUAUGUGGCAUCAGUCCCAUCAGCUGGAACUAGCCUAGAAUAUGGUGCAAAUAUUACACUUUCCAACAAAUAAUAACAGCAAGAGAACAUCUCCUACUGCUGCAGUGUGGCACCUCCAGGUGUGAGGACUGUGGCUCAACUUGAGUUCAGACAAGUCUAGGAGGGGGUGCACCCCUCGUGGGCACUCACCACAUAAGAAGCACAAACUUGUGAGCAUGUCCAAGGAGACGAUCUCCUUAUGUGGCAGAAAUUUGGAGGCUUCUGUCUCCAUUGUCUUGUCCAGAGUGUGAUGAUACAAACAGGCAAGAGGGAAGAGGGCCAUAUUAGGUUGGUUCGAGUCACGGAGUUCUGUACCAUUUUGCUUUGUUUAAUCUAGCUACCACUUGCCUUCAUCCAACCCCUAACAAUGUGUACAUCAUCUCAUGACUUGUUAAAACCCGGUAAACUCACUUGGCAAACAUAUUUUUAUUUUAACUUUGAUAUAUAUUUUUUUCAUGUUGUUCUCUUUUUCUUUUUUCUUGUUAAUCUGGCUUUCAGAGUCCUUUACAUCUGAUUGUCCACAGGGACAUUAAACAAGAAGCUGCAGAGAGCGAUGGUGCUUUGUUGGGGACCAAGGGCAAUAUAAUACUUCUCCUUCAGUGCAGUCCUCCACGACUGGAGCCCUGACACCCCAAGGGCAUAUUGGUUUUUGUCAAAACAGCUAUCUAGUUCCUUUUAGCAUUCAGUAAAAAGAGAGCUCUCAGAAAACUGUGUUCAAAAUAACAGUUGCAGGCUCCAAACACAGCCUAACCUCUCAAUUACAUUUGGAAUAAACCCAAACAUAAUGGUCAUUUGCUGUUUUUCUAACCUUGUUAUCCAUGUUGUCUGAAGUCAGACUUAAAGGAAAGUGUUUUUCUUCACUGGGAAAACAAGUGCAAAAGGGGCCCACUGUUGAAAUGUCACAUUGUUGUUUUCAAGACAUUAAACAAAGGAGGUGUAAGGGAUGUAAGAGGAAGUUAAUUUCAUAGGAAGCAAUGCCUUGUGCUCAAUGGGUGGGUUUGUGUCUGGACAGUACAUUACUGUGCUUUCUGCAUUCCAAAGUGACAUACUCUUUUAGUAGGAAUUAUUUAUAAUUCCCAGAACCCUUGCUGCUGUGUAUCUGUUGUCAGUCAAGUGGUACAUAUGUUAUAGAAAUUUAGCCUUCUAUUGUUAUCUAAAAAGAAUAUUUACCAAGAUAGGGUCGUAUGGGUAAGAUACAUAGUAUAGACUUUGAAGGACCUGUAAAAUUCAGUAUACAUUUCAGGAUCUGAUUGGAUUCCAGUUGAGCCAUCAUUUAAAAAAUCAGAACAUAAGGAAUAUGCAAAUCACUUCACCAGUCUGACUCUUUGAACAGCAUCUGUAGUGUAGGAGGAUCUUCCACUUUUAGGACUUGAUGUUGUAUGCACGUAAAUACUAAUUCAAGCAUUCCCUUCUUCUCUUAGUACUUAUAUUAUUUGUUGGCAUUGGCAAGGGGGAAAACUGUUCAAAAGAUGGAACCUGCUCCUGGAGAGCGUCACAAUUUACAAGAAUAUCUAAUUAAAUCUACUAAUCAGAUUAAGGUCUAUUCUACCCAAACACAGAAAGAACUAGGUAUCCUAGAAAUUAUAGAUAGAUAACAGGCACAAAUGAUUUAUCAGCGAACUUUUCCUUAUUCCUACCCCCAUCUCCCCUCCACUCAAUACCAUGGCUCUAGAUGAACCUCAUAAACCAUUACAGGAACACUGUUUCAGAGUACAAAAAAAAGAAAAAUACUGGUGUCAGCAUUUGCUGAAAAAAUGCAAAGCUUGCUUAACAGGGUCCCAAGAUUCCAUUACAGCCUCGUACAGAAUCCUUACGCAGGGAAAAUAGAAGAGGAGUAAAGAUGGUUGCUAUGGAAAGAUCCUUAAAUUCUCAGUUGAGUUUCUUUAGUUAAUAUUCCCUUAUAUAUGAUGCUGAUUUUUAAAUUAUAUAUAUUUUAUUAUAUAUGUAAUAAAAGAGCUGUAGGACCAAAAUUGUUUUAUUGUUAUUAAUUUUACCAGGUAGAAGUAUAAACCACCUCAAAUCAUUUAACUCAACAGGCAAGGUAAAUCUGUUUGUUAUCACUUAUAAUUUUUUAAAUUUAAGUAUGAGCUUUGUCCAGGGAGGUAUAUAAUAAACUUAAUCACAUAUGAACCACAGUUCCCCUAAAACAAAAUCUUUUAGAGCUAGUUUUAGUAAAAGAGUACUACUCUUCAUUGGGGGACAAACAAGAACAAUAAAUAAGAGAAAACCUGUUUUGAUUUGAAAAAUGCCUCAAAAUAUUAUUAUGUAUUAUCAUAAUUUCAUGGCUGUCACACAUUUUACUCUAUCAUAUGAAAAUGAUAAUCCCAGAAAAAUAGAAGUGACUCACAGGGUCAGGAAAAGUAUUCUAGAGCUACUGAGCUUUGUGGCUUCCUAAGUAUGUAAGUUGUGGUUGUGAAUAUUUUUUACUACCAUCACUAGUAAGUGUUUGGAGGGCAAUGAGGAAGUUAAGAAAAAGUGGUAUAUGAUUCUUUGGCAGGCUUACAUAUGCAAAAUACAAAUAUUUUCCCCAUUUAAUAUGAUCAUAUGUCCUUUAGCAGUAAGUGUAUUUGUGAGGCAGGCUAAUGAGCCAGACUUUCUGGACAGUUCCAGUGCUACAUUUGUGGCAUCGUCAGAAUAUAUGUCAAACCAUUUGUCCAAAAUUUGGGUUUGGGAAAUUUCUCAGUUCCCACAAAUGUUUUCCCAGUCAAGAUAAAACACUUUCAAAUGAAAGUAGUUAGAACUUUAAAUAACAAAUGUGGUGCUUUAUUAUUAUUAUUAUUAUUAUUAUUAUUAUUAUUAUUAUUAUGUACUUCAGUGUUCAUUAUUAAAACUCUGCAAUACUGUAUCACAAAAAUCUGGGAUGAAUGUUCCAGCCAUCACAAGGUCCCAAAGCAAAAGUGUUAUUUUCCUGUUAGUGACUUGUAGUCCCUGUUCUAGUAGAAAAAAAAGGUGCCUAGAGGUAGUUUAUACAGUAUAUAUUGUUCCAUCAGCCUACUUCCUGCAGCUUCCAGUUUAUCUAAGGAAAUGUCUAUAACAAUUUUGUUAAAAGUCUUUGUUCUAGUCAACAGCAGGAGAAGUCCACAUUAUUGGGCUGAUUUUGCUAACUUCGACGAGAGAAAUGUCAUGUGAUACUCAGGCCGAGCUUUCUCCUUUCCAUCAUACCACCUUCUAGGAAUGUCAAUAAACUCACUUUGGU